AUGGCUACGGCUACCUCACACGACCACCUCCAAGAACAGCACCUUCCCCUAAGCCCACCUCCAUCACCACCGUCUACGAGACGUAGGCGUAAAAAAAGGUCAGACCCUUUCGAGGAGCUUGCCAUCACCCCCAUACCUUCUCCGCCAUCGUCUCCGCCGAAUGAGCUCGCAGAAGAAGACUCACUUCUCACCAAGAUUAUAUUCACGCCGGUGCUGUUUAUUUCCUUCAUCUUCUCACUCUUUCUUGUGAGCUACCGAGACCGAGCGCGCCGCGCCCAGGCGCAUUCCUCGCAUUCCUUUCUCUCGUAUCUCUACCCAUCGACCUGGUUUGACCCAGAACCGUAUCAAGAUCCGAGCGACUCGACCUGGGGCUAUCAAAGCUCCGCUGGGCAUGUCGAGCCAAACGACGCAGUAGGCCCAAGGGAGAAGGAACAAAGCGAGGCUGGGAAGAGGAAGAAGAAGAAGUGUAAUCAGAAAAAGUCAUGGCAUCUCAACAAAAAGAUUAGGAAGGUAGCUAAGCUGCAGGUUAGUGAUGCAUUUGAGAUGCGCGGAAGGGUCAUCGCGGGUAUUCUUGCAGUAACAAUACUCAGCUCUAUUGCGCUAUGGAUGGGCAUGAAGUGGCUAUUGACAUCACUCUCCGCCUCGCUGUUUGGAGCAAAAUAA